UUAGUCCCUAAACCUCGGCCUCGUCACUGGUGCAUACACAUCAGUAUUGUCGACGAGUGAUGAAAGUUGAGUUUUGUCAUCGAGUGAAAAAGUGAAGGUCAGUGAGUGAAAAGUCCAGUUCUUUUUGGUGCGUCCAAAAGAAAGUCCGGAAAAAGUGGAAAAAUGGAGAAUUCCGUGGCUAGUGCGAGUAAUAGUGGCUUUAUUGGCACGAUUGAUAAGUAUGUGCAGGGAAAUGAUGUGAACGUGUACUGUGAAAUGCUGGAAAAUUUGUUUGAAAUGAACUUUGUCACUGAGGACAAAAGAAAAAAAGUGCUCUUUCUUGGUUUCGUUGGAGAAGAGACAUACAAAGUCCUCAAAUCCGCAGUACAUCCAGAUUCAUUAUCCGCGAAGACAUAUGCGCAAAUCAUUGCAGUGUUUAAAGCGAAAUUUGCUCCACGACACAGUGUAAUAGCUGAAAGAUUCAAAUUUUAUGUGCGGGAUCAGAGGCCUAAUGAGUGCAUUACGGAUUACGUCAUUGAGUUGCAAAUGGUGUCGGAAAAAUGUGCGUUUGGAGAUUUCCUGCCGUGGGCUCUGAGAGAUAGACUUGUGAUGGGUCUUAAGGAAAGGGGCAUUCAGGAAAAGCUCAUGUCUUUGGAUGGUAGCUUUGAGGAAUCUCUGAAGGUCGCAACAUCAGCAGAACUCACGAGAACAAAUGUGGAUCUCAUGAAUGCAAAGGUCGAUUCGGUGCAUGGAAAUCAGCUGGGAGGACGCUCAAAAAGGCGCCAAAACUGGAAGAGUGAUAAGCAGGGAGUGCGAGAGAGAAAUCACGAGAGAAACCAGUCCAGGGGAUCACAGAAACAAGGUGAAAUGAGACGCAAAAAAGUACAGUGUUAUCGGUGCCAUCAGUGGGGAGACCACUUUGCAGCAAAUUGUCCACAAAAAAGGCAUCGGACAAGGGUCAAUUGCACUGAACAAUCCAGUGAUACAGAUGAGAGUGAUUCUUACGGUGUCAUAAGUUCGAUGUUCAUCAAUAGUGUGAAAGAGGAAGCUGCUAAUGUCAUGGUCACCAUUCAAAAUAAAGUGCCAAAGGAAGCUGAUGAUGAAUCUCAUGCUGAGAGAGCAUUUGAGAGAGAGCUUCAUCGAGAGGAUGAUCUUGAGAAGCAUGCAAAUCCUGAAGGUGAAUCCGAGAUGGAUGAGGAAAACCUACUGGAGAGUGAGUCUCUGGAGGGGGAAGUGUUGCAGUGCAAUCUCGAGGAGGAAGAGCUCUUGUUGGAGGAAUUAUCAUCAGGCAGCUGCGUAGUAAACAAUGUAAUACAAUAAUACGCCAUCUUCUGUCACGGGAGUGGAACCAAACACACUGAUGCUGAACUUUAAGCCAAGAACAACAUGGACUAUUCUGAACAAAAAGGGGGAGGAGAAGAUUAGGAAUGAUCCGGAGGAGAAGUCUAAGGAGGAAAGGAAGAGUAUUCCCAAGAAGAAGAACAAGGAGCAGAAGCAGCAGCCAAGGAAAUCAAAGAUUCCUUUGGUAGAGAAGCAAGAAGCAUUAUACUUCGACGCUUUGAGCCGCAUUUGGACAAGAGGAAGGGUUCACAAAAGAAUCAGCCCUACAGUCUACAUAGUGGACUUUGGAGGCACUCACAAGAAGUGUCACAGAGAUCAGCUCAAGCCCUUCAUCAGGAAAGUUACCUUCGCUCCAACGUCACAUCUUCCACCUCAAAUAGACCACCCUAGAACACCUCCACCAGCAACACCGCCGCCGAAUACCGAUGGAGAUGAUCCAUUCGUUACACCACCACAAGGGAGUGUUACGGAACCACCGAAGAGGAAACGCAGGGGAGCGGUCUUACCUACAACACCGGUCAUUCGACGCAGUGA